AUGGCCCAGCAUCGCAAGACCCGUAUUGUUUGCGUGUCGGAUACCCAUGGCUAUGCUCCAGCAGAAGCAGGCUUUGCCUUGCCCCGUGGCGAUGUUCUGAUACACGCCGGAGACCUUUCAAACAGAGGAACUAAGCCGGAACUUGAACGAACGUUCAAGUGGAUUGAGGAGGCAGAUUAUGAAGUGAAAAUUGUAAUUGCCGGAAAUCACGAUGUCUCCCUGGACCCAGCGUUCUAUGCCGAACAUGGAUCAGAAUUUCACUCGGACAAAGAGCACGCGACAUCAAUUGACCUAGUCAACAAAUCAAAGGGGGGGAUAAUCUUCCUUAAUCACGAAUCUGCUCUGAUCAGAUUGACACGACCAGAUGGUCCACGCACAAUGUUCAAAGUCUUUGGAUCCCCCUUUUCACGAUUCUCUGGCCUUUGGGCCUUCGGAUAUUCUGCUUCAUCGGCAGAGGAUGGUCGCAGAUUAUGGUGUCAAAUUCCGUCCGACACCGAUAUAUUGGUGACACAUACACCUCCAUUAGGGCUUUGUGAUCGACGCAGCUUAAGCGAUCACAUUAAUAUUGAUGAUGAUAGUGGAAUCGAGACCGUAGAUCAAAAGCACGGCUGCGAACAAUUAUUACAUGCUAUGGCUAGUGUUCGACCAAUGCUAGCUGUCUGCGGACAUGUACACGAGGGUCGAGGGUAUCAAAGAGUAAUGUGGACUGAAAAAGACAAUAAUGUCGGACCAGCGAUAGUUGAUGAAGACACGACGCCGUUGCCCUCUUCAGAUAGCAAGAAACAGAGUCUUAUUGACCUUACCGGGAAAAAGCAGAGACUAUUGCAAAACACAAGCAGGUGUGCAACCGCCUUGGUACGCGAAACUCACAAGGAGCAUUCAUCAUCGUCAGGUACUCUGAAUCGUGAUGAUGAUGAAGAUGAUGACGAGAAUGCUAGGAAGCCCUUACGGAAAGAGACAUGUAUUGUCAAUGCUGCUAUUAUGGCCAAGAGUUGGCCUUAUGUUGGCGGCAAGGCGUUCAAUCGGCCUAUUAUAGUUGAUAUUAAUCUCCCAGUUUGGAAUCAUCCAUAG